GCCGACAAGUCGAAAGCGACGGAGCUCCGCAAAAAAUUGCCGAAAAAACCGUAUCGCAGGGGUCUCAGACUAGCUCUGAGCCCCCGAAUAAACGUAGGAAAGUCCGGCAAAUUCGUUUCUUCCCAUCAGCAACGCAGGAGAGUACACUGCUGUCUCUUGGUUUCUCUGGGUGAAACAGUCAACGCCAUGGCUCAGUUAGAGUUGGAUCCGCUGUUCCUCAAGGCCCUGCGACUGUUGCAUUCGAAGGCGAAGGAUUCGGCCGAACAGCUGCGACAGCUCAUCGAAGACACACUCGUCCAACGCCAGAGUGCCAGUGGAACCUCUACGGGGAGGGACACCAAGACGCUACUCACCACAAUCAAACUGGAAAGUGAUGGCAGAGCUCACCUACUGGGGCGGCGGCAGUCGCCCAAGCAAGAGGCCGGAGCUGGCAACAAUGGAGGCCCACCUGCCCUGUCAGCUAUCCGUAGCCUAUCCACUGACGAGCCAAGGCGGAAAGACCCACCACCUUUAGAGUGCAAGCCGCCUCCUCUCCCCAUCUCGGCCAUUAAACCAGACACCCCAUCGCCUGUCUUAGAGGUGAGCGGUUUGUUAGAAUCCAAGCGUGCCCGCACAGAGUCACCGCAGCUAGCCUCGUCUCAGUCUGCCUCUCCUGCGAGUCGUCUCGCCUCAUCCUCAUCUCCAGACUCGAGUAGCGAUGGAGAAGACUUCACCGUGGACAUGGGCCAAGUGUGUGUGAUGUGCAACCAACAAGACGUAACUGCCAAGAAUCAGCUGAUUGAAUGCCAGGAGUGCCACUGUCUCUAUCACCAGGAGUGCCAUAGACCGCCAGCCACAGACUAUGAUGUCAACGACCCCCGCCUUGUAUGGUACUGCGCCCGGUGCACGAAGAACAUGAAGAAAAUGACCAUUAAGCCUCCCAAGCCACCAUCAAAGGUGCCCUUUGGUGUUCCACGAGAAUUGACACCACCGAGCAAACCGGACACGCCUCCGCCACUGACGUCUCAGCCAUUCAAGCGCGCCGAGUUGAAGGUUCCUGCACUGUCUUCCUCCGCCGGCCCAAACAAGCCCAUCGGACUGGCGGGUCUUGCCGCAAACCUGAGCAAGCCGAAGCCACUGAAGCCGAUGGGUUCUGCCGCACAGCCACAGAAGCCGCUGCCCUCCACCGCAUUCCAGAAUCUCUCAAGCCUAGCCGCAGCCGCCACCGCCAUAAAGUCUGGCUCUUCCUGUUCCGCCGGAUCCUCCCGAGGAAACAACGGGGGCAACGGCAGUUCCUCAUCAUCGAGCUCCUCUGGCCCAUCGCCGCCGACACUCGUCCCUGUGAGCACCGCGGGCGGCAAUGGGAAGUCGGCAUCCUCAUCUCUACUUAUGUCUGCGGACAAGCGGCUGCAAAUAAUGAAGAAGAAAGCCGCAGCAAAGAUGCAGGAAAAGCGACGAGUCACGUCGAAGUAGCGCGAUUUCUUCCCGUUUUUUUUUUUCAUCCUUUCUUUUUCUCGGCGGCUGGGUCUAGAGUUUGGUUGCGCCGGAUGCUCGUUUCGACUUUGUCGAUCCCCAUUACUGUGUUGAUCGGAAAGUGCCACGCGUCAGGAGUCACUGGCAGAGUGGAACGUCACCAACUGCACAUGGCCAGUUUUUCGGCUUGAGUGAUUAUGUAAUGACUUGUCUCGUCUCUGUUCUAUGUCUAGCCAAGUUGCGACCUCCUUGCCAACAGACCACAACAGUGACGCAAGGUGUCAACUGUGAAGUUUAAGUGCUGUGCCGUCUAGUGAGCAUCUUUUUAUGCGGAGCGGCAUAGAAUACCCUUUUUGACGUAAGAACUGAGCUUUAUUUGAUGGUACUGUCAUGAUGCAUUUACAUAUGGACGCUUGCUUCUUGAAAAGUUUGGAAAUUGUGCACCCUAUUGUGCUUUUUGUUAAUACCAGAUGCAAGCUGACUCGACUAAUGGACAUGUGAAAGACUGAUAACUGAAUAUAUUGCAUGCUUAUAUUGUUGUUGAAGAAACACCGACUUUUAUUGAAUUUUGACCGCACAAGAUCUGUCGUAAUGUAAGUGUGGCAAGCUGCAUGACUUUUGUGCGCUUGUUAUUGUGAGAUGUCGCGACAAACGUGUGCAUUUCAGUCUGGUACAAUGCAUGUUUCAAGUCUAUGACUAGACGUUCUUCCACGGUUCUGAAGCACAUGGUCCUUGGGGAGGAUUGUCACUGAACUAGAUCUAGAAUUUUGAACUGACAGUGUGAAUGCAUUGCUCGGCUAAAUCUGACACGGUCGCGAGUUCAGUGGUGGUUCAUCUGGUAAGGAGGGCACCCAGCGAGACAGUUAUGUUUCCAAGUUUUAAAUGCUACAAGACCUUAUUUCAGCUAUUCUAGAUAUACAGGCUCCGUCAAUCUUGAAACUCUGUUUCAAGGUUGUCAGUUCAGUUCUGUCACGGAGAUGCGUAACAAGAAGUCGAGUUUGCAGAAUGUUUGCCUACAAUGGGUGAAGUAGCAAAACGUAAGCAAUGCACAUGAUUGAAAUGUCAUUGUUGUGUAAGCCGGUGAACCAAGCGAUCUCCACUCGCCAGGUGUGUGCAUCAACGUGGUCUCAACAGAUCUUUCUCAAUAUCUGGAAAAUGAUAGCACAUAAUGCAGUAACAACACACCACUAAUGCAGCACUCGGGCCUGCUACCAUUAGAGGUAUAGCAGAGUGAAGUUACAAGUUUUCAGGGGCGUAGUUGCAGAUCUACUGUCUAGUCAGCCCUCUCUAGUGACAAAAGAGCAACUGCUUGAUCACUCGGCGUACAUCAAGGUUUGGGAAGGUCCCAGGAAGUUGUUCCCCAAAUAAACCGUCAUUUCUCUGAUACUGAUAUAGUAUCAUGGCCAGUGUUGUUUGAUAGAUGAAACAUAAAAUAUGCAAGAAAUGACCGGUGAAUAGAAGGUGUAGUGACAAUUUUUUGCAUUUUGAUGAAACUGUUAGAGAUUUAACAUAUCCUUAGCAUUGUAGCCCUUAUAGAAAGCUCAUUUUGAGCAUAACGUGGGAUAUUACACUUCCAUUAAAACUUCUACAGGGCAAUGUUCCAGCAACAUUUUCUCUAAUUCAGAAAGAAUGAUGAUAUCGCAUUAGGUUAGAUGACGAGGAUGUUUUGCCCAGAACAGUCAGUGACCAUGUACCUUUGAUGUGACAUUUAUUUUGCUUCCGUUUUCACUACUGACACCCAUUGGCAUCUCCAUUAGCUUUUGGCAGGCCAUCACGAGGCGUCUUAUUUGCAGAGCUUACAGGGCUUGGUUGUUGGUCUCCAAUACUCACUUUGAAACGACUACGCACAUGUGCUUUUCUAGCACGCGAGCGCACAAUAUUUCUACCCAAGAUCAAUGUAGCAAAUGUUUGAGUUGAAAAGGAAGACAUUGCCACAGUGGAAACGGGAUAUAGCAGUAUGUAUUGUACAUCUUAUACACGGUCUGGAUACACAGAAGACGGCGUCUUACAUUUUUAAGUCGCUCGAAAAUAUUUUUCAUUGCCCCGCAAAGCAUGUACCGUUACGAACAGUUGAGAGAGAUAUGGGCCUCGUAGGACGAAAUAGUUAUUUUUCUUCCUUCCUUCAUGAGUAGUUUAGGCUCUGCCGCAUCUCUGGCUACCAUAUACGUUCCAGCACAACUCAGUUAUUACUGAUCAGAAGGGCACUACUUUAAAUUUGCUGACUGCGUCCCCUUUGUUCAUAUGGUGGAGUGCUCACUCAAUGAAAUGCAGUGAUCCAAGUACAUCAAGCUUGGAUAAUUUUAGAGCCCCUAAUAUCGCCUGAAUAACAAACAUUCUACUCACGACUAGCUCAAGGUGUGAGGUAUGAGAGUGAUUGAAGGAUUAGUGCUUUUUUGCCAUCUUCACUAAUACAACAUACGUGGUGCAGGAGCAUAUACGACUCCUACACUCCCGAGGAAAAAAUUUCUCACUGCUAUUCAAACUUGCCCUUCAGCUAUCUUCAUCUUAAACUAUCUGAUAUGAUAAAUCAUAUCGUGAUUUCCUUUUUUCUUGCAAGUAAUGCUGGAGGGAGAAAAAAAUUGAAUACUGCUGUAGUACUCUUUUCUUAAAGUAGAUAAUUCAAAUGGCCUAGUGGCACAAAAAGCAUGGAACUUCAGCAUGUCAUGUUCUGUUUCAUACAUCUCUGACUAGGCAAAAAAAGUGUGAAAUGGUACAAAAUGUGGUCAUUUUUGUGCAAAGUGUUCGUCAAGGGAAUGAAUUUGUCAUCUCAAACAUUGCCACCCAUCUGCUGUGAUCGAAAUGAUGCGCAUAACGUCAUCAAGUGACCUCCAGAGACUGUGCGCUCUGUCUGUCUUGCGACACCUCCCUCAGCAGGACAUUGAAGACACGUGAAUCAUGCCUGCUUGAAUUGCCCAGUGACUGCCAUUAAGCACUCUGUACGCGGGCUCUGCAAAACGUCUUGAGAUGUCUUGCAACGCCAUGUGAAAUGUGAUAGCACAUUUGCUGCGCAAUUUUUUGGCAUGUUUUCUGUCUAGUGCAUUAAUUUUGACGAUGGUACACUGCUAUUAGAGAGCUUCAGCCAGUCUACAGUGUUACUGAUUAUGAAAUUUGACUGCACUGGAAGCACAGGUAGGCGAAAGCAGGGUUGGUAGCACCACUUCAUGGUGUUCUGUUCAACCACAAUGCUUGUCUUAGCACGAGAGUUCUUAAUGAAGAGAAUUAAGAAAAAGUACAGUCACAGUGGGAGCAUCAGUGAUUUUACCGUUGCCUAGAUAUUUGCUGCAGAAGGUAGUAUGUAAAUCUGACUUCGCAAAGCAGCACUGCCUGCAGUGUUGCCCAUGUCACUGCAUCUUGUGAAGUGACCUUUAAAUGGUAACAAGUUACAUAGACAAAAUAAAAUUCUCUGAUGUCAAGGCUGGACAAAGUAUGGUUAGACAACAGGUGUCAUGUGCACUUCUGAGCAAGCUGUGUGGCAUAUAGUUUGCUAUAAAAGUUACCAGAGGGCACUACAAGUUUGAUGUGUAAAGCUGUUCAGCCAGUGUGGGCUCAAUGGGUAGCUACGUGGACUUGAGUAGACUUUGGCUUAGACCACUUUCAAGACCUCCAAAGUUGAUCACUUUCAGCAGAACAUUGCGUUACAAAUGUUACAUAUUUGCAGUGAUCCCAAGUGUAUGUUGAAAAAAAAUAGUUGCUUGAAAAGCUCCACAGGUGAAAUAUAACACUGCCUCCAAAAUUUUGGUAGUAAAGGAAAUGAAGAUUAGACAGGUCUGUUUAUUACCAGUCAUUCCCAUUCAAGGUUAAUAGCCACACCACAAUAGUUUCACUAUUAGAUCUUAAGAGGGGCUGGCAACAGCCCAGAACAUGAAAUGAGAUGACUCUGUUGAUGUAAAAAUUGUUCUAGGUUGACUCAAACCAACCCUGUUUUUUGUAUGUGCGAGAUGUAAAUGUAUAUUUUAUUUGUUCGUUCAAAGUAGCAAAAAUUGACCUGUGGCGCUGCCAGCAAACGCUUGAACGAUCCAAAGUACCCACCCACGAGACCGUUGAUUGCUGUACGUGUCCGACGAUUUUUUUGUUGUUAGUACUGAAAUAUUGUUUAUUUCUUUUAUACCAAAAGGUAUUACUCCAUAAAAAUGUACAUAUAGGCCUCCGUUAGUGGUGUUACCUUUGCAUGAUGUAAUGAUCCCAUGUUUUGUCAGUGCACAUUGAGCAACUUUUCAGGGUGCUCAUGUAACCAUGUGUGCUGUUUUUAAGUCAUUAAGAUUUUGGAGCGACAUAGUUUUGCCACCUACACUUCGUCUCAGAAACAACGCGCGCUGCUACUCGGCGCGUCCGUGCAUAUGCGUAGUGACGUUUUUGGUGACGGCUUGGCUCGCGUGACAGGAGUAGCAAUGCCAGGACAAGCCAUCCAUGACACAGGCAAAGCUUGGGUGCGAGCGCGCAGAACGCAGUACAAAUACAGGAAAGUUGUAUAAUGCCUCGUCAUCUCAUUGCAACAGCUUAUUUUUAAACGUAGUUGACAAGCUCAAAAUAUUGGUGGUUAUGCAUAGUAAGAGAAACUCCUGUGAAAGCAAAAUGACAACAGUUUCUACACAUUGCGAGAAGGAGUAGCAGCACCGCAAUCAAUUAUCGGUUUUACUGGUGGAAGGGUCUGUUCAGAGCCUUUCAGAUUGAAAAACACUAAUUGUCAAAUAACUAAGUGCUUUUGGCUUUAACUACUGCAGCCACAAACACUACAAAGGGUGAGCUUUCUGUCACGUCAUAAAAAAGGGGCCGACAAAAAUCGGUUGUCGGUUCCUUUAAAAGACACUCUGCACUGUACACAUAAGCCAUGUUGGUAGCCCUGGUCACUGAAACUGCUUGAAAGCAAUGAAGAGGUCUUAUUUUGUUGUUAUCAACUUUUGUUUGCACAAAAUUCAGUGGUUGCAUUGAAGCAGCAACCCUGGAAGUGUUUGUGUGUGUGCUGUCUGUGGUGCAGAAAAUGAGCAAACUUGCAGCAGGUUGUGCAGGAGUUGCUGCUGUUGGUCUACAUUGUGCUGCCGUACAAAUUAGUGUCGUAAACCAGCGAUAGCUUUCUCUCUUUUCUUGCUUCAAAUGCAUCGUACAUUUUAGGGCAUUUGUUUCAUGCAAAUUGCUACAGCAGUUUAGGAAAUGUGUAAUUUGUAAUGAAAACUGCUUCCAGAUUGUCCGAAUAACAGGUUGUUGAGAUUUGUCGGUACUUUAGAAAAGCUUUUGUUUCAUUCGUUUUCUUUCUCUCCCUUUGUCAAGGUGGAGGAAUCAAAAUUGUGAUAUGGCUGUAUUGCAUGAGGUCUGCUUCCUCCUGGAAGACCUAGUGAGAAGGGUCAUUGUAGCAAUGUGAAAAAAAAAAAAAUCCUCUUGCUCAAAACCAGAAUGCUAAGUGUAGAAGCAAAUCAGAUUAAAGACGUCGAAGCAUUGA